GGCAGAUGUUCUCAUUACAGAAACAGAUGUAAAAUAUUAUUUUUAAAUUUAUGAAUUAGGGUUGACCAAACAAACAUAACAAGAAGGGGACGUUAGUAAAUAAAUACAAAAUGUAGAGAAACGUUUAAUUAAAUUGGUAGGGGUGUUUAACAUCAUGAAAAUAUAGGCAUCAUCAGGAAAAUAGUAACAAAUUUCUUGUGAAAAUAAUUAUGUCAGAUUCAAAACCAAGUAUUCACCUAUCGAAUCAAUCUCUCACUUUAAGUCAGCAACAACGGUCUAAACAUACCUCUUUUGAAUACGAAGUGAUACAAUCAAAAGCGAUACAGACUGGGAUAGAAGCAACAACAGAUGAUACAGAAAAUGUUGCCAAAUGCAGAAAAGUGUGUAGAAGAAAGAAGAAGAGGAGAAUGAGUGAAGGAGUUAAGGACUGUCAAACGUAUCCUUGCCAAUCGGUUUGUUUGGAUGAUGAAGUGUGCCGAAAGCACAGCUUUUGCGUCGUGGAUGGACUCAGGCAACAUGGAUGUAAACCGCUCUAUCCUAAAGGGUUACCAUGGGCGUCAGGAAAACUACUUUAUUAUCCCGGUCAACGACCCAAAUAUUUGGGAAUCAUGCGAGAAACACCGCAAGAAAUAUCAAGAAUUCAAGAAGCGAAAAAACGCAAGAAACGAAAUGCCAAAAGGAAAAGAGACGCGGCACUGGCCAGCCUACGUCAGCCUGACGAGGAGAAACUGAGCGACAUUGUUGGCAGUUCUCAGGAGAUGAUGCUGCUGAUGAGAACCCUGGCCAUGGUCACCAGUCAGCGGAAAGCCAAUCUAGCGAAGAAAACCACCUCUACCCAACCGCCACCAAUCGAAGAAGAAGAGCAAGAAGAAGAAGAAGCAGAAGAAGACGAAAAGGAAGAAAACGCAGCGCCUGAUGAAGAAGUGCAACUAGAAGGAGAUGAACUGGGUGAAGAGAGAGAAACUGAUUUGACAAUCGAAUAAAGGGAAAUUGAUAAAAAAAA